GUAAAUUUUGUUUUAAUGUGUAUUGAAAUAUAAUUUUGUAAACUGUGUUUUAAACUAUAUUAUAAAAGUACAUUAUGAUUUCAUUUUGUUUCAUUAUAAGAAAAUCCCUAACCCCCAACACACUAAACCUUCGUAACCCAUCCCUAACCCCUAAAGUCCACAAAAUUUGCUAAUUUAAUUUCCCUCCUAUCAACUAAAUAAUUCCCCCCUUUAGUCCCAAUAAUUUCCCUCCCAUAAAUUUCAUUCCCCGCUUAAGCCCAAUUAACUCUACAAACCCAAAGACCAAAGUUAAUAAAAUCACUCUUUCUCUACUCUAGCGACACAACUCUCUCUCGAAAAUCCCCAAACACUUAGAACCCUAAUCGAAACUCUCUGUCGUAAUCUCUAAUCGCUCUCUCUCGAAACUGAAGACGAUGGCCGGAACAUCAACGAAGAAGGUUCGGAAACCCUCAAAACGGUCUAAACCAUCUCCUCUACCGUCGCAGUAUGAGUUCACUCCAAGGACAACAGAGCCUCCACCUCGUGGCAACCGCAGAGCUGGACCAACGGUGAGUGACUACCCACCUCUGAGACAGCUGUUCGAGGAGUCUACGCCGAGGACCCAACCUCGAGCUGCUUCAACGCCUCUUUCUCAACUAGCUCCACCACCACAACCUCGAGGGUCUCAAACCUCAGCCAAUGUUCGACCUCGACAACCUACGGUCUCUAUUAGGCGACAAUCUCCUAUGAGUUCUGAAGCUCAAAACUCACAGAAUACUGAAGCUCCAAAAGGUCCAGAUGAGGAUGAACCAGUCCCCAACUCACCAUUUCCAGUAGAACCGAAUCUGUCUGAAGACCAGACGAGGCUUCUCAACGCCCUUCUCUCCCAGCCCGGCCGAGAGCGCUACACCAUGAGCCUUUCUCCCACCUUCGAGCCUGGAACCAUGUGGUUAGUUACUUAUCUAUCUGAAUAUUUUAAGCUUAUGAGAUUGUGUCUGUGAUUGAUAAUUGUUUCUGUGAAAUACUCAAGGGACAUAUCCAGUUUGCUUAUGAUAUUGUUUCUGUCAUUGGUAAUUGUAUUUUGCUAAUUUUGUUUGGAGAGUUCGAAAUUGUUUAGCUUUGAGAUGUUAGAAUAUUGUGAGUUUUCUAUGAUUGAUAAUUGUUUUUAUACGAUAUGACUCUCGGCCUUAUACUAAUGUUUCUGUGUUUCUAGGUUUGGUCGGGACAAAGGUAAACUGACUCGGAGGAUCACUAAAGUCUUUACAAACAAGUUUGAUGGUCCCUUCUACAGUUGGACUUGCGUCGAUCAGGACAAAAAAGAAAAAUUCUUUGUUGAAUUUGCAGUUAAGUAUUUUUUUCUUAAUUGCUAUUGUAUGGGAUUGCAACUGUUUUUAAGUUGCAGUUUAGUAUUUUCUUCUAAACUACUAAACUGUUGAUUUAUUUGAUUACUAACAUCAGCCUUGUCUUAUUUUUGUAGAAAACUCACACUUGGAAUCCCAUAUAUACUGGUGUGGUUCAAGAGAAGUUCGGGCAGGUAUGUCAGCGACGUAUGAAGGACAUGGUUAGCAAGCGUAGGAAGUCUCGAGUUCGACCAUCCUGGAUUUUGAAUGAUCUGUGGAAAGAAAUGACAGCUUACUGGGACACUGCUAAAGCCCAACAAAAAAGCGAGACAACAUCAGCUGCUCGGUUGUCUGACCGAAAUGGUCUUGGUCCUCACAAGCACAAUGCUGGCCAGAAGUCUUACCUCCAAAUCGAACAAGAAAUGGUUGAAGAAUUGGGCAGACCAGUGACUAUUGGUGAAGUUUUCAUCAAGGCACACACCAAAAAAAAUGGCAGCUUUGUAGAUAAGAAAGCAAAGCUAGUUGCAGAGGCCUAUGAGAAGAACAAGCAAGCCAAGCUGGCUGACCUUCAAGCUGAAAACUCAGAGAGUUCAGAUGGUACUUCACACCCUCCACAACUCUCUCUAGACCAGGAUAAUGAGCUCUUCCUUCUGUCCACUGUCACAGACAAAAGAGGAAGACACUAUGGAAUAGGAAGCCUAGAAAGUACUAUUGUCAACGGAAAGCGCAAGCGUUGUGAAUCCUCUUCUUCGUACGUAGACCUCGAAAAACAGCUCAGCGAUGCUCACCGGAAGAUUGAGAAGCAGGCGGCUUACACUGCCAAGCAAGCAAAAAAGCUCAAAAGUUUUUCCUUGGUGAAGAAGUAUCUGGCUGCAACUGAUCCAAAUUUUUUGGCCUUCAUGGCUGCUAAUCAAGGUGAAGAUGAUGAUGAAGGUGAAGAAGGUGAAGGUGAUGGUGAAGGUGAAGGUGAAAGUGAAAGUGAAAGUGAAGGUGAAGGUGAAGGUGAAGGUGAAGAAGGUGAAGAUGAAGGGGAAGGUGAAAGUGAAGAUGAAGAUGAAUUUUAGGUUCCCUACUCUUGUACUACUAUAAUAUUUUGUAUGCUAAUGCUUAACUCCUUAGAGUGCCUUUUGCAACAUUAUGUUAUGAAUUCUCUGUUUUAUAUUAAAAUUUUCGUUUUUAUUAUUGUCAUUGUUUUACUGCAAA